AUGGGUCUCUCGCUCGCCUCUACCUCGCGCGAUGCUGUGCGCACCGAGACGCUGCGAACGAUGCAGCAAGUGGCGCAUCUACGCGUCGAGCUGCCUCCUACUACCCCUCGCAAGAAGAAGCAUCGCUCCUCGCCUCCUGCGACUGUCGAGCUGCCGCAACUCGAGGCGCAGCACUACGACACGCCCGCUGCCGUGCGUCUCUUUGCGCACCUCUGGCCUCGUUCUCGUGCGCCCACGUUGCGCGCAUGGGGCAGCUACCUGGCCCUCGAGAUCCGACUUGCCGCGCAGCGUCGGCGCAUCCGAGCUGCGUAUCCACUCGAGGCAUCACGCGCCGGCUGGGACUCCUGGGCGCCCGUGCGCGCUGCUUUGGCGCGCAUCGCAGAUGCAGAUGCAUUGCACGUCUCGCACGUCAAUGCCGCCAUGUACGGUGCCAUGCGCUGGCGGCCUUCGGACGGCCUCGAGGAGGACUGGCCGAGCUGGAACGACGUGCAGACGACAUAUACGGCGCUACGGUCCAAUCUCCUACAAGCCGAGAUGCGGCGCGCCAUGUUCGGGCUACCCGCGCCUCUGCGACCUCAACAGUCCGCGCCCGACGAGUCGAAUGCGCAGCUGCUGCCGAGCGCACUGCGCCCGAUGCCGGCGCACGUCAUGCCGACGCACACGACUUACACGCUGCUCUUGACGCUCGCGACGCGGCAGGGCGACUUUGCGGGCAUGCUCGAUGUGCUGCACGACUUGACGAGCACGGAGCUGGACGCUGCUGAGCGGGCACAGCGCUGGCAGAUGGCAGAACUGCGCGGACAAGACGCCAUGGCGCGCGAAGCAGCUCGUCUGGAACAGGAGGAAGAGGAGGGAGAAAGGGAGAAGAUGCAGCCUUCGCUCGCCGACUUUGACGCCAUCUUCCGCGGCUUUGCCAAGCAUGCCUUGCCUUCACGCUUCGACGUCGAGACCUCCAGCUGGGUGCCCAACGAGGAAGCAGCGGCGGCAGCGGCACCUCAUCAACAGGCGUGGACGAUGUCUGCCUUCCUCGAGCUCCUCGAUCUCUUCCUCGACUGCUCGCCUCGUGCCGCGUAUGCGGCGAACGAGCGAGCAGAAGCAGGCGCCAGUCAUGCGCCCUCCGCUCCUCUCUGGCGCGCGCACGCAGAGCGCCACCGAGUGCAUCGCAGCAGCAGCACAACUGCAGCGGCCCCGCCGCCAAAGGCCCUCUUCUUCCUCCUCACCGCCAUGCGCCGCGUCUCGGGCGACGACGCCAAGUGGGUGCUGCAGCAGUGGCAGGACGUCGAGGACAAGUUCACCGCGCACGACGAGGGAUGGCGCGCUUGGCGGCCGAACAUCUACACGCGCAAUGCCCUCGAGCUGCUCCAGCGCCGAGCUGAAGCGUGA